AUGUUGCUGCAACAAAGAGAGAUGCUGGCUGUUAGUUCUGUGGUGUGGACAUUGGUACUGACACAGCCAGACCGAGUGUGUCAGUCCGGUGUGUCCAGCGACAGAAUAUCCGCGAGCCAAGCUCUCAGAGAAGUCAUCGGACUGCUUGAGUGGUUGGAGGUGACAGUUAUCAGUAACAGUCAAAUCGGCGAUGCGAAUGUCGAUAUUAAGGACUUGACCGAUGACCUGACUGCGGCGAGCCUGGCGGUGCUGGUGGUGGACGUGGGUUUGUCACAGAUCGCUCAGCUGGACUUGGCGACACUGCCAACCCACAAUGUUGUCGUUGUUGGUUCUGCUGACUUUGUGACAGGAGUGUUUCAUGGAUUGAGGCACUUUCAGUUCACAACAAGAUGGAUCACCAUUUUGGCGAAAGAAGAUCUCCGUCCAUUUGAAGCUACAGUCCAAGGUUUUGAAAACGUCUUGGUUGUUGCGAAUAAAACGACAGGAGGAGCUGAGCUGUGGACUCUACUUCGUGAGGGAGAGAAGUGCAAAUUCAGAUUCUUGUCCUCGCUGCCCCUCACUACCGUCCGGUUAACCCCACAAGUUAUCUUCCCCAACCCUGGACUGGGGCUGGGGGUCAGACAACUCAGGAUCGUAGUAAUGGAGAGAUCCUUCUUCCUAUUCAAAUCCAAAGAGACAGAAGCUUAUGAAGGCGUGGUCAUGGAUAUGCUGACUGAAAUCGCAAGAAAACUCAAUUUCAGCUGCGUUCUCUUACAAUCGCCAGACGGCACUUGGGGCGAAGUGAAUGCGAAGAAAGAGUGGACAGGCGCCAUCGGCAUGCUGACUCGAAAUGUGAGUAGAACUCACUGACCCCAACUACUGAUACACUUCUUUCUUCUUAAAACAAACUAAACUCGUAAAAUCCCUUGUAGAGAUACAUGAACAACUUCUUUGAAUAUUCCGAAAGAAAAACGACCGAUGAUGUAAGAAAGUGAAAUCUCUGAGAGUUAAAGAGAGAAUAUUAUUUUUAUAUGCUGCCAGGGCCGCCGAGAGCCAGCCCGGGCCCCGGGACAGACGACCUCUCCGGGCCCCUUGUACUUGUAAUCGUAAAUUAUUUCCCCAGUAUAUAAUGUA